CUCAAUUGAGAUGCGUCUUUCAAAAGUGACCCAUUUUGAUCCCCAAAUUUUGAAAUCAAAUAUCACUCCUAUGAAUCAUUUACUUUCACAUUCCCAAAAUCUAACAUCAAUUUGCGGAUAUUUAUCAUCAAUUUAGAGUGCAUGUUCGUAAUUCGAUCUCCAAACGGUAAGUAUAAUCUUCUAUCUUGUUCACUUCAAUGAGCUGCGCUACCUGAAGCCUUUCUUCACUGGUGUCAAAUUCGCCAUUUGUUCCCUCUAGACCAGGAAAGAUACCAUGUCAUCUCUGGGCACUUCCAAAGGGAUUCUAGAAAUUGCCAAGUUUGGUGUGUAUGUGACUGUACCAAUCAUUCUCAUGUACACUUUUGCCAACAAUUCCAGCAACCUCCGCAAGUUCAUGGGAAAUAGGUCAUACAUUGAAUAUCCACCAGAGGCAGAAAGGCCACCAUCACCGGAUAAACUUAGGGAAAUGGCACGGGAGAUGGCCCGUAGGAGGAACAGUGCCUGAUGUUCCAUGUAGUUGGUGCAGGGACUUCCUAAAACUUCUAUUUUACCUUCAAAUCUAAAGAAAAAUAAAAGAUAUUGGAGAUCCUGUUGUAUCUGUUAUUCAUAUUUUUCAUAUUUUCUAGUUGAGUGGUGUGUAUUAUUUAUUGGAAAAAUGCCUUUGGGAUUCAUUGACUGAUUUUGUGCAUCUUCGAUUUGUCAUCCUUGGAAGAUCUAACAAUGAAACCAAUUUAUGAAGGUUUGCCUCUG